AGUCUUUGCUUGUUGAAGUGGUUUUUGCAUAUUUGCUGAUUUUCAAUGAAUCUUCAUGUUCAUCAUUUAUCUCACUCCUUGUAUUGCUUUUUUCUGAGGGCAAUAGAGGAAGAGGGUUUUAACCCUUUCCUCUUGGAGUUUUCUUCUCUUUUGCUUUUGAAACAAGCUUUCUUUGCCAGAUUUUGAGACACUGCUGUUUCUACAGGAAGGAGAUAAGGGGAAGUUUGGGAAACCUGAUCUAGUGGAAGGUGUCCCUGCCCAUGGCAGGGGGGUUGCAAUUAGAUGAUCCUUAAGGUCCGUCCCAACCCAAACGAUUCUGCGAUUCAAAGACAAAAAGCAAACAAACCCAACCCACAAAGAAAACUCCAUAAAUAUUUCUGGUGUCAAACCCCUAACCCCACCCUAUGGUAUUCUCCUUUUUUUUAGUGGCUUACUUCCUUGUGCAUAAAGCACCACAUAAGUGAGAUUAGCAACAUUUAAAUCCAUUUAGUUUUCAAUCCUAAUAAUACUAGGAAAGAUGGUCAUUAGAACCAAGAACUCAUUUGGUUUUUGUGAACCUGGGAGUAUUUGUAUAGAGAUCCUUUGCCAUCUUUUUGUAUCAAUAUAUCCCAUCACAUACCACCUUUUGGUUUUCCUUGAAACCAUGAAAAGCCCCACUGCCAGCUUUGGUGCUCUGCAGAGAGUAUGUCGGUGAUUUAGGAGCCUACUGUUGCCUGCGUCACUCUGUGACAUAGUUGAGAUACGCUCAGUAUUUAUGAUGCCUUCGUGGCUCACACAUUUGGCCAAAGGGCUUUUCUGAGUCUGCAGGUGCUGAGAAAGAUAGGAAUGUUUAGCUCAUGAUUAAUUAUGUCAUAUUAGAUAUAUACUUUUAUUUUAGGAAUACAACUAAAUAAUUUAAUGAGUAAAACAUACUAGCAGGCUCAGAUGAAUGACUGUUGUUCACUGGCAACAUAGAUCCAUCCUGUUCUAUGCUGGUUUAGUCCUUGUUUCAAGCAUUCCUCACACUGGUGUUCUCAUUUUUCCUCUCUUCAUUUGCCAAAGAGCGAACACAAUGGUUGAGGAGUGGAAUCUUUCCCUUUCCAGCAGCACUGAACUGUAGGUCGAGGUCACUGCAACACGUACAGCCAUGCUCUCAAAGUGUGAUUGUGUGAUUUUCCUGUAUGGAGAAGUGAUUUCACAUAUCGCUGCUGCUACAAAGUGAGGGCCUGCUUCUCUCCAAAUCCCAAAAUGAAAAUUUCAAUUGCUCUACUUCCAGCCUCUGGAGAACAGCAAAAGAACGAAUCAUGUGGAAAAACCCCAAAACUGCAACUACGUAUUUUUAUGCUGGCUUAGUUCUGUGAUCUGGUAUACCAUGGGCUCAGCCAAGCACUGGUGAAAGACACGCAGCAUGAGCAUUUGGCUGGAGCUAGUGUACAGGCUGCUUGUUUUGGCAGGGAUAAACUGUCUCCCUUUCCAGCUCCCCAUCUUUUCUAGUAACUUCGUACCUGACAGAGCAGGGAUGCCUGAAGCAUCCCACAGCGAACUAAUGAAGAUCACAUUGCUUCCUCCUGCUUUUUGGCAUGCUGGCCGAUGAACCCACCUGAAAGUACAUUACAGAGUGAACCUGCCUUGUGAAAAUAAGAAAAAAUAUUGCCACUGCAGCUCUGCUACAGCCUCCUUGCCCUGCUUUACCAGCUCUGCAUCUCUGUGGCUGCUCAAAAGGCUAUGUAGGUGAGAAGGGGGAAGAGAAUUUUUAAAAACCUUGCUUAAAUACCACCUCUGUCACCUGAAUAUCUCUCACUGAAAGUCUCUGGAAAAUUAAGGUUGUUCAUUAUAGGUGCUUCCCACAUAAGCAAAAUGUAAACUGCAACCAGCACAAAAGAUCUACAGCCUGUGUGUCACAAAGUACUUCAAUAUAUUUUUUUAUUACUGCAAUUCAUAUGGCUUCUGAAGGAUAAGGACAAACAAGAACCAAAGUUCUAAGGUUUUAUCAAGAUGGUGGUGCUUCAACAGACCUUUGACCCAGAGCAAUGAGAUAGUUGGCUGUAGGAUGAUCAAAAUUAAAAAUGAAAUAGUUAAUGAUUUUUAUUCCCUGAGUGUAAUAUUGGCCACUGCCCAGUUCUGUUGACUGGGGUGUUUCACAAGACUUCUGUGCAAGCUAUAAAUGCAGGCAGGUGAGACGCCUUCCACAAACAGCAGCUCCGGACUGCAGGGAUUGCCCUCAGCUCUCCCCAUCUCUGAAGCUGACAUCAAGGUUAUCAUCCAACUUCUACAGCAGAAUAUCUGAACUCUAGAAGUCCUACUGAGAUGGGAAAAAUCAUCAUUUAUGAGCAUGCCAACUUCCAGGGUUUGUCCAAAGAAUUGACCACUGACAUUGCCAAUCUAAAAGACAUAGAUUGGAAUGAUUGUAUCUCCUCAGUGAGAGUUAUCGGCCAGCCUUGGGUGGCUUAUCAGCAUGCAAACUAUGCAGGCAAUUUAGUGGUAUUUGAGGAGGGAGAGCAUGACUUUGUUGGUAAAAAGAUGAAUGAUAAGAUCAGUUCUCUGCGGGUGAUCACUGAACGUCUGCACGAUCCUCAGAUCACCCUCUAUGAACAUGCUGAUUACCAAGGGAGGAGCAGAGUAGUAAGAGAAGCCACCAAUCUGGCUAGGGGACAUGACAAUGACACCACGUCUUCUCAUAAAGUCCAGAGAGGUGUCUGGCUGUUGUGUGAGAACAGUGAUGGAAGUGGAUUUCAAUACAUUGCACGAGAACAUGAACACCUUCCAAAUUACAAGGCAAUCAACUUCAAUGACAAGCUUUCAUUCCUGCGUCCCCUUCGCCCGGGUCAUCACUGUUAGACUGCAAAUCCUGCAAGACUAAGGGAAGAUGCAACCCCAGCAAGAAAUUGGAGACCUAGAUCUCCACCUUUGCUUGUGUUGCCUUUUCCCCCUGUGUCACAGGAACAGCAAAGAUGCAAGAGCUCCCUGCUGUGCUUCCCUGCAGAUCUGUACUUCUUAAUCCUGCCUUGCACUCUUCUCCCACCCCAUGAAUGCAGGAAUUUUCAUACCUGAUCAUAUAGAAGAGACUCCAAGAUAAGAGACAUGUCAGGGACAUGUCAGCUAUCACACUCACAGCUGGCAGUGCCCUGUACUAUGGAAUGUAGAAGCAUUGCAUGUUGCCUCUGCUGCCAGGUACAUUAAAAAAUGUGAAUAUAUAACCAGCAUCACUUCAUUUGUAAUUUGUUUUACAAUGCCCUUGCAAUACCACGACCUCUGCCAUUGCCUAUAAUCCAUUUUGU